AUGGCUGGCAGGCGGCUCGUUGACGCCGCAAAGCUGUUCAAUGCCUCGAAAUCAAUCGCUUCGAAGCAUGUCGCCCUUCGCUCUCAACAGCUCGAUGUCUACAACAGGACAUCGACCUUAGCUAAAGCCGUGAAAAACCAGACCGAUCGCGUCACGCUCACUGCGCAAGCCGCCAUUGCCCUCUCGAAACGCUUCAAUGAAGAUAAACCCUCGUAUACAUCUACUACGUCAUCACAAACGGCCCGCAACGACGGAGAUAUUCCCCGCAAGGACACUGUACAAGGCGAAAGGCCUCAUGGGGAUGUUAAGGCUGGACUAGAGCAAGAUCAUCAUUACGAUCGAUCAGUUGAAAAUACGAAGGCUGAGCCCCCGGCGGAGGGUGAAUUGGAUGUUCAACAAGAGAAGGCUAAACGUUCCCCAUUGGCUGAUGGGACCAUACCCUCCGAGGGAGUCAUUUUGGAUAACGGAUUGCAAGGGAAGGAUACUUUCUCGGAGAGAUCAGUCCCGGAGCCGCCGAAACAGCCGCUAGCGGAGGAGCAACAUCAAGUGCGCAAUGCAGACGAAGGCAUCAAGCCAACGGAAUCUACGCGAUCAACUAUUCCGUUACCAGGCAAACCUUCCGGAUCUCUUCCAGGCGACUCGGCCAGUGAUAAAGGGCAGUAUACACUUUCCGGCGUCGACACGAUCCAGCACGUAUCACCCACUCCCCAGGAGGCAGAGCUCCAAAAAGGCCACGAUCGCGAUGUCUUCUACGCAAGAAGCAAAGAGACGAAAUCGGAGCCAUCUUCGCUCCCACGCGAGCAAAUACCCAAAAGUACAGCGGAUAAACAGGAAAGUGAUGAUCAUGUAGAUGACGGCCGAUUAAAUCAAGAUGUGUUCUACUCAACCCCCGAGCCUGGCCAGGAAGAACUUCAACGAGAGCAAUUGCCACACGAAGUGGCCGUUCCAGAGCAAGAGCAGAUCCCGGAGGGCGUAAAUACAGACGUGUUCCGCACCAAACGUGUCUCCAGAAUGCUUGGUGGCAACCCGUAUGCGCCGAAACCUCAGCUUGAUCUUAAGGGAGCUGGCAGCACUCCUUACGAUCAUACUCGAACAGCCCAGGGACAUGAUCAGGACACUUUCAAUGUUCGCACCAGCGAUCAGAAAACUCCGUCAACACCAGAAUCGCCCCUCAGAGAGCCCCAAAGUGCAACCGAGAAGGAGAUGCAUGAUUUCGCAUCUGAGCUAGCAAAGGAUGCGGAGUCGUUGCCUGCUUCUGUAUCUGAGAUUACCGGAGAGAUAACCACAGAACCACGAAGAGCAGCGUACGAGCUGCGAGAGUCUCGGGUCCCGUCUUCGAGAUUCGGCCGACUCUGGCAGUACGCUGGCCUUGGUACUAGUAUGGCUCUUGGAGCCGUGGGAGAGUCCCUUCGACGUGCAACAGGAACGGCGGCGGCAGCCGGCGGAUCCUUAAUGUUAAGCCCGGGAAAUAUUGAGAUUCUUGUAGCGAAGCUCUCGCGCAUGCGUGGAGCUGCUCUCAAGCUUGGGCAGAUGAUUAGUCUCCAAGAUAUCAAGAUGCUUCCACCGGAAAUCCACGAGGUUCUGCAAAGAGUUCAAGACAGCGCCGACUACAUGCCGGCCGGCCAACGCAACAAAGUGCUCAUUAAGAACCUUGGUCCUGACUGGCGUGAUCUAUUCGAGACUUUCGAAGACGUUCCCAUUGCAGCAGCAUCGAUUGGCCAAGUCCACAAAGCUACCUUGCGCUCCACCGGACAGCCUGUGGCAGUUAAGGUUCAGUAUCCUGGAGUCGCAACUUCAAUUGAUUCUGAUUUGAACAAUCUGUCGAUCCUUCUCACCGCCUCUCGCCUACUGCCAUCGGGAAUGUAUCUCGAUAAAACCAUUGCUAAUGCUCGACUUGAGCUAGGAUGGGAGUGCAACUAUACAAGAGAAGCAGAAUACCAGCAACGAUUCCGCGAGCUACUAUCCGAUGACACCGACGCAUUCAUUGUUCCGAAAGUCUUCCCUGAAGCCUGUGGACCCGAAGUUCUUACUGCAGAGCUCAUGGAUGGUGUCGGCGUUACGAAGCUUCGCUCAUUAACCCAAGACCAAAGAGAUUGGAUCGGAACACAAAUCCUACGCCUUUGCCUGCGAGAGAUUGUUGAGUUCAAACUCAUGCAAACGGACCCUAACUGGACCAAUUUUCUCUUCAAUGCCGAAAAACAAAAGAUCGAGCUCCUGGACUUCGGCGCAAGCCGUGAAUACCCAGACAAAUUCGUUGACCCCUAUGUCAAUGUUCUCAUAGGGGCUUCCAAGGGUGACAAAGAUGCUAUCCGCGACCUCUCAAUCGAGCUCGGAUACCUCACCGGCGCCGAGUCUCCAACAAUGCUCGACGCACACAUCCAAUCUGUCCUUACACUCGCCGAACCCUUCGAUGCCAACGGACCUGACGUCUACGAUUUCAGCGACCAGACAAUUACUGACCGAGUGCGAAGCCUGGUCCCAGUCAUGCUGAGAGAACGCCUCGCACCACCACCAGAGGAAACCUACAGCCUCCACCGAAAACUCAGCGGAGCCUUCCUCCUCUGCGCGAAGCUAGGCAGCAGAGUCCCGUGCAAAGAGCUUUUCCAGAAUGCCGUGGCUACAUACCAUCGCGGCGGCGCCCUCAAACAGCCCACUUCCCCAAAAGAUGUAUGA